AUGGAUACCUCCAACAGCGCAAAGAUCUCUGUCAGUGACCUGGAAGAGACCAAGAUAAACAGUAAGACCGCUCGAUGCAUCCAGCACUCUUUGUCCAAGGCUAUGGCCGAAGCUCUAUACCAGCCACACACUAUGCUACAGCCCAAACCGAUGGCCAGCAGGGUCAAGGAUGCUGGGAAAGAUUUUCUGAGACACAACCAGACGUGUCAAUGGAUCCAGUUUAUGCAAGAGCCUCCCGAACCAACGGAUUACAGAAAGCGGGUGGUGAAAGUGACGCCAAGCCGCGAAACAAAACCUGCUCCCGUUAAAGAGGUCGAGCUCUCGGCCCCGCCAGUCAUUGAACCGCCACCUUCCAUGCAGCAGUCUUCGCCUUCAUACGAAGAACAAUUGCUGAGCUUGCACAGACAGCAGGAAGAGCUGAUGGGGCAGCAGCGCUAUCUGGAGGGUCAGAUGGAACAAGAGAAGCUGGCCCGCCAACUGCUGCCAAUAGUUGACCUGCAGCCGAAGCCUAAGAUCCCGGAAACACCUGAGGUGAUCGAGCCAGCUGUAGUUUGCCCCAUGAAACCGCGAACUGACGACACGGGAGCAAACAACUGCCCUCCCUCCAGGUUCCGUCGCAGACUGAAGGGAUCCAUAGCUCAGUCAUUUGCGGAGAGGGACGAGGGCAGCAUUGGCAGUCUGUUGUACAACACUAAAGGACAGGAGACUCUCUCGGAGAAAAAGUCGGACAUCAGUAGCACCAGCUACCGCAGAUAUGCCAGACCAAAUCUAGAAGGGCGGCACUAUGCCAGUUGGCAAGAGUCAAGCUCUAACCUCAGUCAGCUGUUGUCACAGACGCCUUGCUGCUCCUCGUGCGAUAGCGUCAGACACGCCAGCGAGUCGUCGGGCACCAUCACCGACACGUUGCUGACCGAGCUGACCAUCGACGACCGCAAGUGCGGCCAUGGAGACUUUUAA